AUGGCUACGAGUACAGAAAAUAAUUCAGAACAUUCUGCAAAUGAUUGCCGUGAUCAGGAUUUAAAAGCUAAGAUACCACCUUUACCUGAAGGGAAAACAAAGCAUUUCUUUGCUUCUUACACCAGUUUAGACAAAGAACGUGUUCAUUCAGUAAUUGAGGACGUCGAAACGAGAUUUGGUCUACAGUGUGUGUUUGAUGAACGGGACUUUCAGGGUGGGAAGGAUAUAACAGUAAAUAUACGUGAAGGAAUGAUGUCUUCUUUAAAGGUAUUACUGUUUCUAACACCAAAUUUUCUAGCAAGUGGCUGGUGUAAAUAUGAAACUGACGCCGCAUUUAUAAACUCUAUGGGUUGUGGCUAUAGCUGUAUUGUGCCUGUACUGCUUGAAGAGUGUGAGAUACCGCCCGUACUUGUGACCUUGACCUACAUUGAUGCAACUAUUCUGGGAUUAGAUGUGCCAGCUAAAAUUGCAGCUUCACUACUACGCCCUGCUACCGAUGACGGUUUAUUCUCUCUCAACAUUCGGGCUUUUAACAAACAAUACGAGAAUGGAUAUUGUUUUAUAAUUCCGGCUGUACGAGAUAACUUAAGUGUCAUCAGACCUGCCAAGUACCGAUUUUUGAUUGAUGAUAACCUCAUAGAAAAAUUGAAGGAAAACAAGGUUGAGGUUCCAGAAAAGCUGUUAAAAACGACUGUCGAUUUCGUGAACAAGGAUCUCAUUAUGUGCUCAUACGAUUAUCUCUACCGAUGUAAAAACUUUGCAUGGACGUUUUUUCUGCUACCACUUUUAGCGUUGAUAAUUGCAGUUUAUGAAGAGGCAUGGGUUCUUAAUACUGCUACUAGAGGAAGGGAAUAUGAUCUUUCAGAUUAUUGGAUUCAAUAUAUGUUAAUAACGGCCUUUAUUUGUUUAUUUAUAAUCAUUCAAAUAAUGAUUUGCUUCUUGCCAAUGUGCUGCCAUAGGAAACAGCGGGAUUUCUCUCUACAAUCAAACCUCUGGCGGAAAGUCGGUAAAGAAUGUAUUGAAAAUAAUGUUUUAUUUUUGUUCACUGGACGGCGGAACAAGAAACCAUCUCUCCUUGUAAUGAGAUACAACAUAGCAAGGUGUAAGGAGUACUUUGUUGGUAUUAUCAGAUCAAGGAAUGUUACACUGGUUGAUCGGACAUUAACACCCGAGAUGUAUGCAGACAUAUUAAUUGAAAGACAUCUUGAGCAAAGUCUUCAUAUUAUGGCAGAUGAUUUUGAUUUUCUACCAGACGCGUCAUACAAUCGGCAUAAUGUUAAGAAAGGGAAAAUGUGCAUUUGUCAACAACUUCAACAUGACUUAUAUAAGGAUGAUGUCAUGUUAAAAAGACUAACCGCUACUGAAAAUAUUGUUCAAGAUCUUCUUCGUGAAGUGAAUGAUUUGAAAUCUCGAGAUAAGGUCCGACAGAACAAGGUUGCGUACUUAGAGAAACAGCUUCGUUUACAGCGACAGCACAGCUUUAACCUCGAUAAAUGUGAUUCUAAGAAUAGAAUACGUAGACAGAACGUGGAAAGUCCAAUUGCCUUCUUUGCUAAAAUGGAUGCUCAUCUGGAACAUGCUGGCAUCCAUCAAACCGUAGUAUUUGACGUGGUCGUAACUUACAUUGGAAACGCAUACAACAAACAUGUCGGUGUCUUUGUUGCUCCCGUAACCGGAACCUACGUAUUCUCGACAACUCUUGUUUCCCGCCAUUUUGCCAGUGCGCAUGCAGAAUUUGCUAUACCUAUCUGUGUAAUCAUGGCUACGAGUACAGAAAAUAAUGCAGAAUAUUCUGCAAAUGAUUGCCGUGAUCAGGAUUUAAAAACUAAGAUACCAGCUUUACCCGAAGGGAAGACAAAGCAUUUCUUUGUUUCUUACACCAGUUUAGACAAAGAACGUGUUCAUUCAGUAAUUGAGGACGUCGAAAAGAGAUUUGGUCUACAAUGUGUAUUUGAUGAACGGGACUUUCAGGGUGGGAAGGAUAUAACAGUAAAUAUACGUGAAGGAAUGAUGUCUUCAUUAAAGGUAUUACUCUUUUUAACACCAAAUUUUCUCGAAAGUGGUUGGUGUAAGUAUGAAACUGACGCGGCAUUUAUAAACUCUAUGGGUUGUGGCUAUAGCUGUAUUGUGCCUGUACUUCUUGAAGAGUGUGAGAUACCGCCUACACUUGUGACCUUGACCUACAUUGAUGCAACCAUACCGGGAUUAGAUGUGCCAGCCAAAAUUGCAGCUUCACUUUUACGCCCUGAUACUGAUGACGGUUUAUUCUCACUUAACAUUAGGAUGAUGAACCGAUAUUACGAGAAUGGAUAUUGUUUUAUCAUUCCGGCAUCACGUGAUAACCUUAGUGUCGCAAGACCUGCCAAGUAUCGUUUUUCAGUUGACAAUAACCUGAUUGAAAAAUUGAAGGAAAAUAAAGUUGAGGUACCAGAAAAGCUGUUACAAAAGACAGUUGAUAUCUUGAACAAGGAUCUUAUAAUGUCCUCAUACGAUUAUCUAAGCCGUUUGAAAAACUUCGCCUGGGCAUUUCUUCUGGCACCACUUUACGCGUUGAUUUCUUUAAUAGCUGAAAUGUCAUGGGUUCUUGAUCAUGCACAGAGAGGAAGGGUCUUAGCUUUCUCAAACUACAGUCUGUCUGUUCUUAUGGGUAUUUUUAUGGGUUUAUCAUUUGUCAUCAUUCAAAUAAUGAUAUGCUUCUUGCCAACAUGCUGUCAUAGGAAACAGAGAGAUUGUUCCUUACAAGGCAAACUUUGGCGGAAGAUUGGUGCAGAAUGUGUUAAAAACAACAUUUUAUUGUUGUUCACUGGAAGGCGGAACAGCAAACCGUCUCUCCUUGUAAUGAGAUAUAACAUAGCAAGAUGUAAGGAGUACUUCGUUGGAAUAAUAAAAUCAAGAAACAUUGUUCCUGUUGAUCAUACAUUGACGCAUGAGAGUUAUGCAGAUAUGUUAAUUGAAACACAUCUGGAGCAAAGUUUUCAUAUCAUGGCAGACGAUUUUGAUUUUCUACCAGACGCCCCAAUCAAUCGUCACAACGUAAAGAAAGGGAAAAUGUGCAUUUGUCAACAACUUCAACUUAACCUAUAAUGUUUCGUUUGGGGACGUUUCAGUGUGCAUACUUAUUUCAUAGACACCUUUAAAAAUAUGAAAAAUAAAA